GAAUUUGAAUAUGGCAUGCUUGUUGUGUGAGAAAGUUGGGUCAGUUAUCAGCUGUUGUCCUGCUCAGGUCACGGUCGCAGCACGUGAAGUAAAAUUCCAUUAGAGUGCAUGUAAAAUGCAUCACACAUUAAUGUGCACAAAGACAAAACAGCAUUAUGUCAACUUGGAUUGGAUCCACAUUGCAGGUUACCAUACCAGAUAUUUACAUAGACUGGACAGAUAGAAAUCUAUGGAUCUCGAUGGCAACUAUAGCUUUCAAUCCCACAUAUUGGAAUGUGUUAGCAAGAUGGGAAUACAGAAGUAAAGGCUUAUCUCGAAUAUUUGGCAGUAAACAUGUUGCAUGUUGGGUAUUGGGGGCAUCUAUUUUUGGACUUGGAAUUUUCAGAGACAUGAGGUUUAGUACAGCUUUAAAUACACAACCAAGAUGGUAUACUUUACAGCAAAACUGGAUUCUGUGGUUAGGCUAUGGUUGUAUAACAAUAGGAACUAUAUUUGUAUUUAUGAGCUUUUAUGCACUUGGGUAUUAUGGAACGUUUUUAGGAGAUUAUUUUGGUAUACUAAUGGAUAAGAAAGUAACCAGUUUUCCAUUCAAUGUCAUAGACAAUCCAAUGUACUGGGGAUCUUUCUUAAACUUUUUUGGUGCUGCUCUUGUCAAAGCCAGUCAGAGUGGAAUAUUGCUGAGUUUGUUAGUAGCUGUGUGUUAUAAGAUUGCAAUUAUGUAUGAAGGUCCAUUUACAGAAAAAAUAUAUGCGGAGAAAGAUAAAAAGAGCAGUAAGUCAGCAUGAGAGUGAGAAAAAGUGGAGAUAACUGUUUGAAGGAAGAUUGCAUGUUAACAUUCUAUUUUAAAUAUUUAUUGGUUGUGAUGAUUGAAAAACUUGCAAAACAUUUUAUUCACAUAUUGUGUCUCAGUAUUUAAAGUACUAUUGAUGUUAUGUAUUAUUCAUUUGAGCCGCGCCAUGAGAAAACCAACAUAAUGGCUUUGCGGCCAGCAUGGAACCAGACCAGCCUGCGCAUCCGCGCAGUCUGGUCAGGAUCCAUGCUGUUCGCUUUUAAAGCCUAUUGGAAUUGGUGAAACUGUUAGCGAAGAGCAUGGAUCCUGACCAGACUGCGCGGAUUCGCAGGCUGGUCUGGAUCCAUGCUGGUCGCAAAGCCACUAUGUUGAUUUUCCCAUGGCACGGCUCAUUUAUUGGUAAUAUUAUACAGAAAUUCAUUUUUUUUUUUUUUAAGUAAUCGGAGGUAGUUUUUUGUCAUUAUUACAUAUUUCACACAUUUUGGGCCCCCUGUCAAUUUGAAAAGUGGAAAUAAUAAAUCGAUUUCCUGGCAUUUUCAGAAUGAUUAAUUUUUGCAAGCAUAUGGAAAACAUGUAAAUGUGAAUAUCAAUUAAAUUGUUGAAGAAAAAAGGUUUUAAUAAAGAAGAAUUCCGUAAAAAUCAAACUCAGUCUUGAAAACAUUCAGGAUGAUGUUUUUUAACAUUUAUUCAUUUGCUGGAAAUUUGUUUGUUUUGGGUUUAAUGCCAUUUUUUAAAACAGUAUUUAAGUUAUAUAUUGGUAGGCAGUGACCUUACCAGUGUUCCUGGAUUCUGAACCAGUACAAACCUGUUCUCCGCAAGUGUCUGCCAACUCUUACACAUGAAUCAGAAACGGAGGACAAAGAUACUAAAAAUACGUUAUGUAAUGUGUGACUUGAAAGAUCUUAG